AUGAGGCCCACGUUCCACAAAAUACCUGAACUUACAGAACAGAGACAAAAUCAUCUCCAGCCACCUACUGUGAUUGGUUAUUUCCACACCUUCUUCUUUUGUUUUUUCCUGGGGUUUUUGGGAUUUGCAGUUUAUGGUAAUGAGGCUCUUCACUUUAGCUGUUUCCCUGACUGGUGGGAACAAAAUGUCUUCUGUUGAACCCUCUUUCAAGUCUUUCUUAGCCUACAGCUUGUAACAGUUCUUGUACUAGUACCCGUGUCCCAUACUUAUGCAGUAUGGAAAUGUAUGGACCAAAAGGAAAUUACUGAGCAACCCAUGAGCACAGUCUUUUAUAUAAUCUCUGCUUUGCGGAUGAUCCUGGAAGUGGCAGCAUUCUGAUUACUGAGCCAUCUUCUGGGAUUUCUAGUUCAACCCAUGUUCAUGUGUGCUGCCAUUACUGAAAAGGACUUCAACUUUACCAAGUUUAUGAAUCCAGAGUACUUUAAAAAGACUAUCAACCUCUGUGCAAUGUAAUUCACUAUCAUCACAGUGUUUUUGUGUAUUGCAGAGAUUUUAUUUUAUUUUUUGCAGAUAGGGGUGUUAUUUGGGCACACAAUGACAGCUCUGUAUUGUCUUGAAAUUGUUCAUGCAAAAUGUCUUUGA